AUCAAUGUCUACGUACUAUAUAGAUAAGAGGAAGCUUACACAAGGGAAUUAUACAAUCUUCUCGAUUUUAUUUCACGUUCCCCUCAGGUAAAGUUCAGACCUCGGAAAUUGCCAGACAGGUAAGAAGAAGGCGAUGCACUAACAGCGCUUUCCACAAUCAACAAAAGGUUUUCCUCUCUACAGGCACUCUACAGUUCAGAUCACAGGGAAAGAAUGACGAAGACGGUGUGUGUUAUUGGUGCCGGUGUAUCCGGAUUAGCGGCCAUCAAGAACUCCUUGGACGAGGGCCUUGAACCCAUCUGUUUCGAAAAGGACGAUGACGUCGGUGGACUUUGGUAUUACCAUGACGUCCCAAAAGAGGGCGAUCCCAGUCUGUACAACUCCUGCAGCAUCAACACCAGCAAGGAAAUGACGUGUUAUAGUGAUUUCCCAAUCCCCAAAGAAUUCCCAAACUUCAUGGCACAUAAGCACUUUAAAAGUUAUCUGAAACUGUACGCUGAACAUUUUAAUUUGAAAAAGUUUAUCAAGUUUAAACACAUGGUGGAUCGUGUGGAGAAAGCAGACGAUUUUGCGGAUACUGGCGAAUGGGUGAUAACAACCAAAAACCUGACGAAUGAAAAGGUGGAGAAAAGGAAGGUCAACUUUGUGAUGGUUUGCAAUGGACAUCUCCAUGAACCAAAUAUUCCUAAAUUCAAUGGACUUGACAAAUUCAAAGGUAGAGUGUUGCACACGCAUGAUUAUAAAGAUUUCCAUGGGUUUGAAGGAAAAAGGGUCUUGGUCAUUGGAAUUGGGAAUUCGGCGGCAGACGUCGCAUGUGAACUGAGUCGGCAUGCUGAGCAUGUCUAUAUAAGCACACGAAAAGGAACAUGGGUGAUACAGCGCGCCGCUGACCAGGGCCGUCCGUUUGACCACAUUGCUAUCACUCGUUUCCGACAGGGACUGCCCUGGCCUCUAUUGCGUCCAUUCCUUUACCAUGGUGUGAAUAACCGAUAUAGCCACACUAACUAUGGACUCUCCCCCAACACAAGAUUCAAUGGGGGACUCGUCACCAUCAGUGAUGACUUGCCAAACCGAAUUAUUCUAGGAACAAUUAAUAUCAAAACCGACAUCGAGAGGUUCACAGAAAAUGGCGCCAUCUUCGUUGAUGGCACAACGCUAGAAAACAUUGACGUUGUGAUUUUGGGAACUGGGUUCACCUACAGCUUCCCUUUCCUCCAAGAAAACGUGGUGAAAAUAGAAAACGCGUUCCCUUUCCUUUACGAUCUAGUUUGGCCAGGUGACCUUGAACCAGCAACCCUGGCUGUUAUUGGUCUCGUCCAACCUUUUGGCGGUCUUCCUCCGAUUUUAGAAAUGCAAACAAGAUGGGCUACUCGAGUCUUCUCUGGUAACUGCAAGCUCCCUAGUGCAACAAAGCGAAUGAAGGAACUGGAAGAAAAAUACAAUAGGCUAAAACCAAAAUCCGUCGACUCUCCACGGCACAGUCUCGUCGUUUUCUUUAUCCAGUACAUCGACAAAAUGGCCCAAUAUAUCGGCUGCAAACCCAACCUCUGGAAAUACUUCUUCACAGAUAAUGCUUUGUGGAGAAAACUGAUGUUUGGUCCAUGUUCACCUCCCCAAUGGCGACUCGAAGGACCUGGAUGUUGGAAAGGCGCAAGAAACGCUAUCGAGAAAAUAGAAGAGAAAACUUGGUACCCAUUACAGACACGCGAGGCGGGGAAACACGAGACAGAAGGGUUGUAUGAUGGCUGGAUAAAUCUCUUCAAAGUGGUUCUGUUUCUUGUGUUUGGCUUUCUUUGCUUGCGAUUCAUGUUUUCUAAUGGUUACAUAACUUUCCCUAUUAAAUCCUGAAGGUGUUUUCAAUAUUGAACUAUGGAUUCCCAUAAUCACAACAUAAGUUUUCGAAAUAUAAUUGUUAUGCAAUACACUGUUCGUUAUCUUCACCUUGCAUAAGAACAAUAAGACGUGUUUGCGUUUGUAAAUUUAAUUGUGGGUUGUUGGGUUUUUUCGCAUAAUAUACUUGUAUAUAGUAAAACUUUUUCCGUUUGUCCUGAGGAAGAGACAAAUCGUCCCGAAAAUUUGACAAUCUGAUUUUGUUGUUAGUCAUUUUAGUUCUAUAUGGAGAGAGGAGGUAUGCACAUCAUCAAAAAGUUGUUUUUAAUAUUUAUUCCUCUUAGAAGCUGAACAGUCACUUGUACAUCAGAGAGUAUGUUCAAUUUAACAACUCAUUCCUUUCAGAAGUAAAAGCAGGACAAUGUAAUACUAUCGUAUAUAAUCCUUAUUUCAGAAUCAUUAAUUUGGUUGUUUUGUUUUACCUUAUGCAACGUUGUUCAAUGUAUGUACGUCCGUUUAUUCAUAUUUUUCUCCAAAUAUCUUUAUUGUAUGUAAAUGCUUUUAAAAUUAUUCUUUGUCUUUUCAUGUACAUUCUUAUCACGUUUAUAUUUUGCUAAUAUUCUUAUGUUUUUUAACUUAGUUAUUGUACUUUCAUUUUUUAAAGUUGCCAAUGAAUAAAUAUCUAUCUAUCUACCCUCAUAAUAAUCACCACACAGGUGCAUCAGGAAUAGUCAGUAACAAAUUAUUUAAAAGGUCGGUAUUUAUGUUACUUGCUUGCCUUCUAAUGUGAAAAUAUAAAAUGUUUAAUACAUGUA